AUGGAUUACCAGAGUCAAAACGAGCAAUUUAUGGAGAGGGGCGUCACCCAAGCGGGUUCGGACGACGUUGUUAGUUCUAACAAUGAAAUCCACCCCCAGGCCUUCCCCCCGGCCACCCACGAGGAAUUUUUUAACUUCCACGUAGAAGAGGAGGAUGUAUUCUUCUACGAGAGGCUCACCGAAGCACUCCGAAUUGACGCCCAGUCGCCACCCAACAACCUCUUGGACGCCGAGCAAGACAUGGUAGCCGUCGCUACCGACGAGGCGAACAAUGAACAGGCUUCCUUCUACUCACAAGCGCGCCCCCAGGCCAACUACGACGACAUUUCCCGCCGCCUCUCCCGAGAAGAGAUGGACGCCUACAGUCGCGACAUUUUGGGCCCCAACAACCUCUUGGGCUUCGAGGGAGACAUGAGAGUGAACAACGGACAGACCCCCUUCCUCUCCCAAGCCUACCCACAGCUCCCCUCCGUUCCCCAGCCGUCCCGCGUCCCCGCCGCCCAGAACAUUGACCCAAGACUCAUGGAGAGCAUGUGGCCGGGACCGGCCCCGAUCUCCAACAACGGCAACGGCAACGGCAACAACGAGGGCAACGGCAACGACAAGGGCAGCAGCAACAACAACUUCGGGGUGGGGGCCCCACCUCAGCCUCUCAUCGUCCCUGAAGCCCUCAAGCCCAACACCGCGGGCAACAGGGUGAAAAAGCAGGCUGCCACCAAAAGAAAAGUGAGCAGUAAAAGCUGCUCUAAUUGCAGAACCUCGAAGCUCCGUUGCACACCAGAUGAGGACCGCCGCAAUGCUUGCCUCAAGUGCGUGAAGGAUGGCUUGUCUUGCGACAUGGGCCGGACGACCGAUAAGCGCACGAGGGAAACCAACCGGGACAAGCUCCUUCGAACCGUCGAGGGAUGCAAGAAGUACCUGGCAGAUCUGCUGAUCCUGAUCUACAGCAUAAACAUCGCGAACGACCAGGGCAAGCUGAACGACAAGAUUCCCAUGAUCAGGAGCCAGCUCUCACAGGGCCUUCCCGGUAACAGCGUCUUGUUUUACGCCGUCACACAACAGCACCUGACACCCCAAUAUGAGCAAAGGGCUCAGGCGUGUGUUCGCCUGGACGCGCUCGCCGGUCUACAAUUAGACCUCGAAGGCAUCGAAAACAACCUUGCCAAAAUGCGCAAAACGGUCAACCAAUGUGUCGGAAAGACCAAGGAACUCGUCAGGAUGUUGGGCCGAUACCUUCACGUCCUGAUGGAUGAUGAAGACCAUUUUGGGGACGCCGAGAUUUCCUUGCGCACGGUCAGAGAGUCGCAGACCCCUUUCAGUCAAAUCGACACCGAUAUGAAGGUCCAAUUCAGCUAUAUCGCUGACAAUAGCGAUCUUGUCACAAGUCUCGUUGGCCAUGUCGACAAACUCAAAGCCGCCUAG